AUGGCUGAGGUUUUGCUGCCGAGGAAGAUGGAGAUCGCCAACGGUCCUUCCAAGUUCGGAUCGGCGCAUCUUCUUCAUGUUCUCGCCGUCGACGACAGUCAUGUCGAUCGGAAAUUCAUAGAACGUUUGCUCAGAGUCUCUUCCUGCAAAGUUACUGUUGUUGAUAGUGCGACAAGAGCUCUUCAAUAUCUUGGAUUGGAUGUUGAGAAGAAAUCCGUCGGUUUAGAGGAUUUGAAAGUUAAUUUAAUUAUGACGGAUUACUCCAUGCCCGGUAUGACUGGAUAUGAACUCUUGAAGAAGAUCAAAGAAUCAUCAGCUUUCAGAGAUAUACCGGUGGUGGUUAUGUCCUCUGAGAACAUUUUGCCUCGUAUUGAUAGAUGUCUUGAAGAAGGAGCUGAAGAUUUCUUACUGAAGCCGGUGAAACUCUCGGAUGUAACAAGAUUAAGAGAUUCUCUAAUGAAAGUUGCAGAUUUGUCUUUCACAAAGAAGAGAGAGCUAGAAACAGAGCAUGCCUACUCUUUGGAUUCAUCUCCUCGCUCGCAGCUCAAACGCGCAAAGAUCUGA